AUGAGCGAUCAGCCAAGCACUACCGGAAGUGCGUCCUUUCCUGUGACCUUAAAAUGGAACAAGAAGACGUUUCCACUCGCCAUCAACCUGGGAGAGACUGCAACAGACUUUAAGCAACGAGUGCAGGCACAAACUGGAGUGCCUUUGGAACGUCAAAAACUAACUGCCAAGAAAGCAUGGAAGGGGAUUUUGAAAGAUACAGAAGUUUUGGAUGCCGAUACCAUCAAGAAUCCGCAAACACCGUUGUUGGUAACAUUGAUUGGAUCUGCUGAAACGUUAUCAGAGCCAACUCAAAAGACGACUUUUUUGGAAGAUUUGACACCUGAAGACUUGCAAAAGGCUCAGGAUAUGCAAGCUCAAGCCGCCAUGGCAGAUGCUCAGGGCAUGAUCCAAGCUCUGCAAUUGCCCCCACAUCUUCGAGAUGACCACAAACAGGAAUUAUAUCAGUACAACAGAUUGGUAACCGGUCUCCCCCAGCGUCAAAUUGAACAAGAACUCAAGUGCAAUGGCAACACGACGCUGCAAGGAAAAGUUGCAAUGAAUUUGGGAUUGGAAUUGAGACGGGCCUAUGUCAACGAUCUUGCUGUCCUCCCAAAUGGAUCUUUGAUCAGUGCCCUGGAUGAUGGACAUGUGCAGCUUUGGAAGCAUGCUUCUCAAGAGCAUGACGUUGUACAUAACCAAGUAAGCAACGAAGAUAGAGAAGUCAAUAGCGUAGUGGCGCUACAGAGGCGGGCCGGUUCUCCGGUAGCUUUUGCCACGGCAGGACGAGGGUGUCUGCAGUUGUGGACAGAAGAUGCCGAUCCCAUCGCGACGUUGCCAAGUGCCAUGCCGGGAACAUCGCCUGCUUCCUUGGUGUGUGUUUUUGGUUCUGCGAGUAAUUCAAGCAGCAACAGUGGUAGUAGUCACCAAGUGACGUGCUUGGCUACCCGCUUUCAAAUCACACGGCAAUCCAACGCACUGCAGUUUCGGUUGCCGCCUCAAAACGAAACGGAGAGGCAAAGAAGAGCCCUUACUGAAGCCCAGGAACGAGCCAUACAGGAAUCACUGGGUAAAUCUGCCCGGAGUGUUCAAGUAUGGUACUCAAUGGGAGAGACAGCAGCCAAACCAACGCUUCAAACGCAAAUUCUAGAGCCACCCGUAGGACCAGAAAGAUCGGCUCCAAUCACAUGUUUGGCAGUGUUACGGCAAGACGACAACCAUUCCACCAAAGUAUUGGUUGCUGGUGAUAGCAGUGGCGGAUUGAGGCUUUGGGGGGUACAGGAGGCAUCAGGCAGCCUUCAGUUUCAACACCUUGGCCUCUUUCAGUUGACCUCUCCUUGCUCUGUUGUAUGCAUGGAGCCUCUACAAAAUGGUCGUCUAGCCGUCUCGACUGAUGUAUCCGACAAUUCCUCUGAGCUCGAGGAUGCCUUUCCUCUUCAUACCCAAACUUCUCGGGCUGUCCAUAUCUUGGACAUCUCCAAGGUACAUGAAAACCAACAUCCAUGCAUCCAAUCGACCUUGACAGGGCACACGAAGGACGCUGUCAUUUGCAUGUGUCAAUUGCCAAACGGGGACCUGGUAACCGGUGGGGGGAAGCUGGAUGCCACCCUUCAGCUUUGGUCAGGAUCGCAGUUACUAGAUCCGAACGUCUCUGAAAGUGGCGAGGCUGCCUCGUUGUCGGUUCAGGCACAAGCAACCAAAACGUUGACCGAUGUGGGCUACGUCUUUGCUUUGGAAGUCCUACCAGAUGCCAAGGACGAUUCGAACUACUUUGCAUUGGCAGCAGGAAGAUACAACACUGUCAAGAUCAUUAUCUACUCCCGAGAUCCACGCGAACGGCAACUGGCUGUGCAUGGAGAUGUGUAUGUAGUGUAG